AUGAAACGUCGGGACACUGGUUACACUCAUUGGUUCAACCUCGAGUUCGAAGAAAUACUCCAGGGCUAUACCUAUGACUUCUACCGUUUUGAGCUCUUACCUGGCCAGCUAGCAAUCUCGAUUGCCAGCCUUCCAUUGGCCUACAGUGAUCGACUCCAGCAGUUGAUCUCAGCUAAAAGCGCCACGAUCAAGACCGACUUCGAGUGCUCCAUCGCGGUGGAGGAACGUGUUCUAUGUCCGGAUGGGAAGAAGGAAGUGGAGACGGUGAAUAUAGACGUACUCGGAGCGGUCCUGGUCUGCGAUUCGACUGUCUUGCGACUGGACAAAUUGCCGAAUCUUGCGAAUGAACCUUGGUUCAAGGAAUGGUCUCAGUAUGCACGAUUGGAAGGUGCGGCCCGAUACAAGGAUCCGUCUUGGAAUGAAGAGGAACGAAUGAAAGUCCAGCUAGACUUUGAUGAAGACAUGUGA